CUAAGAGAGAAAAAUAAAUGAGUCAGAGAGAUUGUAAACACUAAAGUUGUAGUUUUAUUAUUUUACGUGGUGGAAAAUCUCUUCGAAGGCAUAAAUAUUAAAUUUUAUCAAAUCUUUUGAGGGGCGUUACCAAGAUUCGAUCUUCCAGCAGCUGCAACAACUUAAAAGCCUCAAGUAGGGCAUUACAAGUUCUCUAUCAAGAGAAAUUUUCCUUUCCUAUUUUCUAGCCAAACAAACACUCUUUAGAGCUAAUCAAUUAAACACAUUGAAACUACAAUGAUCGAAUCUGUUCCAACCAGCCGUGGAAUUCAAGGAUAGUCAUAUACCUCUGUCACCCUAAAGAAAAUAGCUACAGUGAUACCUGCAAAGCUGCAGCGCCAGAAUUACUUUUUCUGGAAGCUACUUUUCGAGCAAAUCUUUAGUCGUUACAAGCUCAUGGGAAUUAUUGAUGGCAGCGAACCUUGUCCAGCUCAGUUCUGGACGGACAAGGAAGGAAAUGAUCUCACUGAUCAAAUUAAUCCAGCCUUUGAGAUUUGGCACGACAAGGAUCAGGCCAUGUUAACCUGGAUGAGGUCAACAUGUUCUGAACACGUCCUCCCAUUCACAGCAGGACUCGCUUCGUCGCGUGAGCUUUGGCUAAACCUCGAGAAGAGAUUUCAGGUUGUUGGCGUGUCCUCGGAGUACAGGAGAAACCUGGCGGCCGCUGCUUUAGCAACAACCGACAUUUGCGAUGCACAUCCUGACCUUCUGGCCAGUGGAGACCUGCGUCUUGUGCCGCAAGUGUUCCAGAAAUAUGGAAAAUGGCAGGCAUUCGCAGGCCCUGUCGUGACGCUGAAGGUGUUUGAGGACAAUACUUUGGUUAUCGAGCUUCUCUCCACGAAAGGCGAGGGUAGGGUUUUAGUGGUUGAUGGAGGAGGAAGCAUGCGACGUGCUGUCACCGGAGGGAUGCUGGCUCGUUCGGCUGAGAUUAUGGGAUGGGCUGGGAUUGUGAUAAAUGGUUGCGUGAGAGAUGUGGAUGAGAUCAAUGAAUGUGAGAUUGGGUUGAGAGCUUUGGCAACUUGUCCAGUGAGACCUAUCAAAAACGACUCUGGGUCUGGCCAAAAGCAUGUUCCUGUAAGUAUUGGAGGGGUCUUGAUUCAUGAGGGAGAAUGGUUGUAUGCGGAUGGAGAUGGCAUCUGUUGGAAUACUAUAUUAUUAUAUUAUUCAUUGGUUGGAUAGCUGUGCAGUGGUGGAGCAUGCUUGUCUAAUGGAGCAUGCUUGUUUCGGGUGCUUGUUACUUUUGCAUGCUUACCUUGGGCAUUGUAUAAUUGUUUAUUAUUUCCUUGUGAUGUAUCCAUCUAUAAAGCUCUAAAGAGCUGUCUUGAUGUGUUAUGAUGAAUAAGACAAUCUCAUUCAAAGUG